AUGUAUGUAUUUCAAUCAACACUGGAAUUGUUUCAAGGAAUCAGUGAUAAAAUCAUUCUCUCUAUCUAUUCCAUUGUGCUUCUCGUUAGUGUUAUACAGACAUUUUGGAAGAAUAAACAUAUCGAUCGAUUCUUAGCUUUCAUGAUGGAGGCGUAUUCUGAUGGAAAAUUUGGAUCAAGUCAAAUAUAUUAUCGUCAGCGAAUUAUCACCUGUUAUCGAUACGACCAACGAUAUUCUUACAUUCCCAAUCCGAAUCGGUCUAUCCUACUUAUAUUUGCCAUUCAUAUUCAAACCUUUCUGAUGAUCGGUAUUCAAACAGUAUUCGAUCGACGGAAAGAAAGUAUUAAUGAUUGCUGGUCAUUUCAUAUGCCAUAUGAAGUACUUCAAUGUGAAGACCAAAGAGAUCCAUGUGGAUAUAAUGAUACUACAGGAACGAGUCCAAAAUGCACGUUUUAUCACUUUGAAAUGGCCCACCUAAUCACGGUAGUCACGUCGAUUGUUACUUGGCAUUAUGCUCUGAGAUAUUUCGUUGUUAAAUUGAUUCGAUUCGCUCGUUGGGCAAUGUUUCGUGAUAAUGACCAACCGCGAAAGGUGUGCUGGUGUUGUUGUCUGGCAACACCACGCUAUUUACGAUUUAUAAUGUACUUUCAGUAUGGUUUUUUCUGGAUCAAUAUAUUAGCUGUUGUCUUGUGUGGUUUUAUAUUGAAUGUAAUGAUCUUUCGUUUGUCAAUGAACACAUUCGGAUCCGUUUGGGCACCGAUAAUCAUAGCAGCAGAUGGAAUAUGUUCACUAUUUUUAACAGUGGGACCUGAAUUAUUACAAAACUGGCUGAAUGCAACCAUGAAUGGUAAAGUUCUGUUAAUUAUAGAACAACAAGAGUUGUACCUGAACAAGGUCGAACCACUAGUUUCCUUGAUCGACGAGAAAGUUGAAGUGCCGAAGUCAUCCAAUACCAAAUGUCGAGGUUGUUGUUGCUAA